AUCACCACCAUCACAGUCAGUGUUUUAUCCCCCACCAAGGUGUCACUUUCGGCAGCUAUCUACCAGUCUUACCUUGCGUUUAAUUGAACCAUUUUGAUACACAUUUCUGCGUGACAUCUCUGAACUCUUGGUGCCAUGAAGGGAAUCAGGUUUUUCGUGGUUUUCUUGGUGCUUUCCGCGUCUCUGUUGUGCACAGCCGAAGCGGCCAGGAGCAGGACCAGCAACCAGAACAGCUUCCGACGGGCAGCUAACGGCAUCUACCAGACUCUGAGCAGCGUUUUCGGAGAAGACAACAUCAGAGGGUUAUACAAGUUUUUCUCCAAAACGACGGAGCGGUUUGUCCAUGGCGUGGACUCUUUUCUCGACACUAUUUGGAAGAUCUGGUCAGAUCUGCUGGAUGUGAUGGGCAUCGACUCCUCAAACCUCAGCCACUACUUCAGCCCCACGUCUCUCACCAACUCUCCGGCACGCGCCCUGCUCCUGGUGGCCGCUGUACUUGUGGCCUACUGGUUCCUCUCCAUGUUCCUGGGGGGUUUCUUUUACCUGCUGCACGCUGUGUUUGGCCGCUUCUUCUGGCUGGCACGUGUCACACUCUUCGCGCUGUCCUGUCUCUACAUCCUGCAGAAGUUUGAGGGUGACCCUGAGCGCGCCGUGCUGCCACUUUGCUUCAUCAUGGCGGUGUACUUCAUGACGGGGCCUGUGGGAGCGUACUGGCGUCGGGGCGGCGGGGCAGGUUCACUGGAGGAGAAAAUCGACCACCUGGACACUCAGAUCAGGCUGCUUAACAUCAGGCUGAGCCGCGUCAUAGACGGCCUAGAACGCACCGGGGAGCAGUAGGUAGCAGCGAGGAUGACGGGGAGGGAGGGGAUAUUGUACAACCAGCUGCAGCUGAUGUCACAAUGCUGUUUCCUGUACGCAGCUGCAGCAACACAACUACUGGGUAUUUACAACUCUAUUGUCAGAUGGGGGAACAAAACUAGAUUUGAAAUCAGUAUUUUAACGACUUGAGUUGAUUUUAGUUACAGAAUACCUAAAAAAAAAUCCUCAGAGGUGUGGACUCGGAGCAAAUCAACCAAACAACUAUUUUUCAUUUAUGUUUUUCUCAAAGCUUUGAUCGAAGGGUUUUUGCUACAUUUGUGAGGAAGCUGUCAGAGAGAUGUCCACAGUUUUCUAAAUGCUGGCCUAAUUCUACACCCCAGCUACUUUUGAGAAACUCCUGAGCUGGGGUUUGAAUUUUUGGUGUUUGGAUAAGCAUCGUCAAUGCUUUUGCUAAAUGAAUAAUCAUAUUUUAUGUAUGUUUGUUUGUUUCUAUCCUUGUGAAUAACCCUGGGGUUACGAUUCUUCUUACACAGGUUUGUCCACAAACAUUUAUUCCCCUUUUUGAACCUAUUGACGGUUUGGGUUUGGGUGUAUGAUGCAGGGGACUGAUACAGACAUUGUAUUUCUAAUAUGUAAAAAUCCUCAAGAUAUUAGAUAGUUGUUCAUAGUAAGAUUUAUUUAUUUCAUUUUCCAUCCAAAAUGUUGAAAUCAUGUAGUUCUAGUUUGUUUCAUCGAGUCACCGUCCCAUAUUGGCAAUAGUUUGGCAUCAGGACCUCUUUUUCAUUGUGCGUUUGAGUGUAUGGGUGUGUGCGCAAAUGUACGCGAAUGUGGGUGCAAAUGCAUUAAUGUGUGUGUUUCAAGCUUGUGAAAUGGAAAAGCACUGUAUCAAAAAGUCACCAUCAGACCAGGAGAAAAUGCAGACAGGCAGUAAUAUCUCAGGGACUCGGCUAACACACAUAGAAUUGGAAAAGAGAUAUCAAGAAUAUUAAAAUCAGGUCUUGGUCUCUUUGAGUCACGUCACAGUUUUUCAGAUACAGUUUGAAACUUGUCUCAGUAACUUACAAUACGUACUGAUUAAAGGGUGCACAGUUUGUGUUCUUGCAUCAUGUUGAAAAAUUUGAUUAAUAUCAAGACCAAAUCCAGCUUUUUGAUACCAGCAUGGCGUUAUUGUAGGGAUUUAAACUGCAGCUUGUGGUAAAUUGAGGGGAAAAUAUUGUUAAUAUUUACUGUAAAUGUGUUAACACACAGGUAAAUUAUCCACAAAAGCGGUUUAAAAAAAAUCUUUGAGUCACGCUGGUUUGAAAUAUGUCUUAAUGUCUCUUUUGGGAAGAGAAUUUUUAGUGUAAACUGGAUCAAUUUCUCAACUUGAUUACAGAUUAAAUUAGGUCUGGUGCCUUUGAUCCUGUGGCAAAAACUCAAGCUUGUUAUGGACAAUCCCAUUUGACUCUGCAUUGGAAAAUUACAUUUAAAGCUGUACAUCAUUUUUUCAUGUUAAUAUGAGAUAAUCGCUUUUAGCAGUAACUCAAUGAGAGAUAUCCAACCAGCCUGGUUGGUCAUUAAAAAUGUGCUUUAGACACAGGCUUGGUGUGCAUCACUGCAGCCAGCUCUACUUUGUUAGACUGAUAGGGCUUUUUAUGUCUUCAUUAUUUCUGCCAAUCCAUUUUUAUCUUUCUCAUCAUGUGCCAUCACAAAACACUGGCCAUGCUUCUCUAUGUUUAACAUGCAUGUCUUCAUGUAUUCAUAUUCCCCUUGGCACAGUUUUUUGUGUUAUUGUCAGUUUAUAGAAUUUGGACUCUGUAAACACGUUUCUAUACAAAUGACCCAAAUACUGUGCAGAUUUGAGUGAAAAAUGUUGCUUUUAGAUUCUCCUGAGAAAGACUUACAUUUGAUAAUUUCCUCCCUUGUUGCCCUUGGGCGUGGGGUGGAGUCAGAAAGAAAGCGUUUACUAUCGCAACUUUCACCCCCUUUAAUCACAGAGCUCUCCCUGCCAUGACACACUGAACGUUUGGGAAUCCUGCAGAGUUUUCUUCAGAGGAAACUUAUUUUUUGUCUACAACUUGGGACAGAAAUUGUUUUUCAACUUAAGUUUUGAACCCAAACAAUCUGUAUCACAUUGUGUUCAUCUACCUGUUUUAUAAUUAACAAUGGUGAGCUCCAGGUAACAUUUUGAACAGCCUUGUUUAAAAAGAAAUAAAAAAGGAGGGAGACAAUUUACAUGCACAGCUGUUCCCUGGGCUGCCUUGUGUUUAGGAUGAAGAGACCCAUUGAACAGAAGGUUUUCACAAUUUUUGUGCAGCUGUGUGAAAGGGUUUCAAUGUGUCAGUCUCCAACACACACAUUAAUGCGCAAAAGUAACUUUAGAAUAAUUAAUCAAAAGACACAUUUGAUGUGCACAUAAGCAUGGGGGA